GCCUUCCCUCCAGAGAUGUGACAUAUUACCUUCCAAUUUCUGAUUGCAAUGGUCUGUUAGAGAAGCAAUUAUCAGAGAUUCACUGGAAACUCGAAUAAAUCAAAGAAUUUGAGGGCAUGUUCUUUUCAGCGCGCGAUAUGCGGAUAGGUCUUGACUCGACGGGCAUAAUGCGGCGCCUUCAACGAUAUGCUCUAUAAACCCGACACAGAAGGUUAUGUCUCUUUGUUCUCCCACAAAUCUAUGCAAAUGUUAUUCCCCGCGUUUCUUCCGUCCAGAAGCCACCAAGAAGAAUUUACGAAGCAAUGAUAUCAUAAAAACAAUCAUUCAAUCUAACAUUGAAAUAAGUCGUCUGGCUAAUCUUGGAGAUCUCUAUGCUGCUCGCCAUUUAUUUGAUCGAAUGCCCGACCGAACAGUGGUAUCCUGGAACUGCAUCAUCUCAGGCUUCUCCAAAUGGGGCAGAUUCGAAGAAUCGCUCGCCAUCGUUGCUUGCAUGCACAGGAGCGAAUCAACGCUCAACGAAACAACCUUCUCUUCCGCCUUCAGUUCCUGCGCCCGUUCCGGCUUUGUUGGGUUCGGCAGGCAGCUGCAUUGCCUCGUCCUCAAGUCCGGAUCUGAGGAUUUCAAGUUUGUCGGCAGUUCUUUGCUCAAUCUAUACACCUUCAGCUUUCAAAUCGACAAUGCCUUGCUGCUGUUCGAGUCGCUGUGCUGCCGAAAUUCUCUGCUGUGGAGUUUGAUGCUCGUUGGUUUUGUCAGAUGCAAUAUGAUGGGAGAAGCCCUUGGCCGAGCAGAGAUAUUGUUUCUUGGACCGCUGUUAUCUCUGGCUAUUCAGGGAGUAUCUCUGAUUUUGACCUUUUCAAGGCUUUGGAGCUAUUUGUGCUUCUCAUUAGAAGCAGCGAGAUGCGGCUUCGAAUCAGACCCAUCAAUAGGGGGAGCGCUCAUAGAAUUUUACUGCAGCUGUAAUGCCGUGCAGUAUGCUUAUGAGGUGUAUGAAGAAAUGUCGACCCCGACCUCGGCAAUUUCAGGAGCAUUGAUUUCUGGCCUUCUAUCAGUAGGUAGAAUUGCCGAUGCUGAUUAUAUUUUUCACCGAACAUCGAACCCUUGCCUUUAUUCGUACAACCGAAUGAUCAAAGCCUAUGCACAUGUGGGAAGAAUGGCUGAUGCCCAAAACCUUUUUGAAAGAAUGCCUUGCAAGAAUAUUGUAUCCCUGAACACCAUGAUCACAAUAUACCACCAGGCCGGUGAGUUCAAGCAAUCUCUGAGACUCUUUGAUACCAUAAAAGAAGAGAAGAACACUGUAACAUGGAAUUCAAUGAUAUCUUGUUAUGUUCAGAACGAAGAACCGGUGGAGGCCCUGAAGCUAUAUACAGUAAUGCAGCGCUCAUCUAUAGCAAGAACCCGCUCAACUUUCUCAGCUUUGCUCCGUGCCUGUGCCUCCAUUGGCACUCUCAAACAAGGAAUGAUGCUACAUGCUCAAUUGUGCAAAUCACCAUUUUACUCCAAUGUUUAUGUUGGAACUUCCCUUGUUGAUAUGUAUGCUAAGUGUGGCAGCAUUGUUGAUGCUAAGCCCUCCUUUCGUGAGAUUAUUUCGCCAAACGUUGCCUCUUGGACCGCACUUAUCAAUGGUCUUGCACAGCAUGGAUCAGGAACCGAAGCUGUGCUGGAGUUUGGGAGGAUGUUCAAGGAUGGUAUUGAGCCCAAUGUGGUGACCUUUGUGGGGCUUAUAAUGGCUUGUAGUCGCGAGGGGAUGGUGGACGAAGGAACGGAGUUUUUUCGUUCCAUGGAGAAAUGCUAUGGAUUGGCACCCACGGUGGAGCAUUACACAUGUUUCGUCGAGCUUUUAUGCCGUUCUGGUCAUAUAAGAGAGGCUGAGGAUGUCAUCCUUGGUAUGCCAAUUGAAGCUGAUGGGGUAAUUUGGGGAUCUUUGUUGAAUGCCUGUUGGUUUUUCACGGAUUUGGAAGUGGGAGAAAGGGUUGUUUGGAGACUGCUAUGCUUGGACUCAAAGCACAUAUCUACUCAUGUGGUUAUGUCUAACAUAUAUGCCAGGCUGGGGAGAUGGGAGGAGGUUAUGAAGGUCAGGAAGAGGUUGAGGGGGUUGGCUGUGAAGAAAGAUCCUGGGUGUAGCUGGAUUGAGUUUCUGUACUCGGAUCUUUCAGUGAUUUCUGACCCUAAUACAAUUGAUAUUUCCACAAAUAUUCAGUGGGCCAAGGCCACUUUUGCUGAUAUUGUUGGGAAAGGAUAUGAUAAAGUUCAGAGUCGUGAUGAUUUGGUUUUUCUUCAAGAGUAUCAUGAAGGUAAUGACCCUCUCCUCGAGCCUAUAUGCAAGAAAAGUGGGAUAUUGGCUAUCUACUUUACUGAAGAGGACCUAAAUGGUUUUACUGAAUGUUAUAAAUUCACCUCAAUUGGUAAAUCUUAA